CGUUUUGGGGGCACUGGGAGGGUUUAUGCUCACGGAUGUGCUGCCUCUCUCUCCUCUGCCCAGCAAGACGCUUUGUUCUCUGAGCAAGAGGCGAGCGGAGCGUUUCGCUCAGCAGUGUGAGGGUGCUGGGAGGAUGGCAGGCAGGGAGGUGUUUUCCUGUCAGCUCUGCCAGCCUGAAGACCUGAUGCAAUAAGUCUUUGUGUGAGUAACCCUAAUCUAGGCAAAGUGGGUGGACUAAAGCCAGCAGGGCUGGAAGACUUGGUGGGCAAAUACACCCUUUGGAGCUGGUCACCACAAGGAGGGUGGAACAGGAAAUAGAGAGUGCCUGGAGCUGCAGCCCGCGGGGCCCAUGGCGUACACCCUGCCUCCCACGCCGGCGGGGCCCGUCGGCUCCCAGUACUGUGUCUGCAAAGUCGAGCUGUCCAUCUGCGGCCAAAACCUUCUGGACAGGGAUGUCACCUCCAAAUCCGACCCUUUCUGUGUCCUCUUCAUGGAAGUCAACGGGAAGUGGGUGGAGCUGGACAGGACAGAGACAGCUGUGAACAACCUCAACCCAGCUUUUGCCAAGAAGUUCAUCAUUGACUACCACUUUGAGGAAGUGCAGAAGCUCAAGUUUGCCCUGUUUGACCAGGACAAGUCGAGCACGCAGCUGUACGAGCACGACUUCCUGGGCGAGUUCUCCUGCACGCUGGGCACUAUUGUCUCCAGCAAGAAAAUAACACGGACUCUCCUCCUGGGGAAUGGCAAGCCAGCUGGGAAGGGCAUGAUAACGAUAGCUGCCCAGGAGCUCUCGGAUAACAGGGUGAUUACCCUGAGCAUGGCUGGCAGAAAACUGGAUAAAAAGGACCUUUUUGGGAAGUCAGACCCCUUCUUGGAGUUUUAUAAACCAGGUGAUGAUGGGAAGUGGAUGCUGGUUCACAGAACAGAGGUGAUCAAAUACACCCUGGACCCCGUCUGGAAGCCGUUCACUGUGCCUUUGGUGUCACUGUGUGAUGGAGAUAUGGAGAAGCUGAUAAAGGUGGUGUGUUACGACUACGACAGUGAUGGGGGACACGACUUCAUCGGGGAGUUUCAGACCUCGGUGGCCAGGUUGUGUGAAGCCCAAGAUGCCUCUCCUCUCGAGCUAGAGUGCAUUAACCCCAAAAAGCAAAAGAAGAAAAAGAAUUACAAGAAUUCUGGGAUCAUCAUAGUCAAGUCCUGCAAAAUAACCAGAGAUUUCUCCUUCCUGGACUACAUCCUGGGAGGCUGCCAACUGAUGUUCACUGUUGGGAUUGACUUCACAGCUUCCAAUGGGAACCCCCAAGAGCCCUCCUCUUUGCACUACAUCAACCCCCUGGGGACAAACGAGUACUUGUCAGCCAUCUGGGCUGUCGGCCAGAUCAUCCAGGACUAUGACUCGGACAAGAUGUUUCCUGCUCUGGGAUUCGGCGCCCAGCUCCCGCCAGACUGGAAGGUAUCCCAUGAGUUUGCCAUUAACUUCAAUCCCAGGAAUCCAUUCUGUUCAGGUGUGGAGGGCAUUGUCCAAGCAUACUCUGCCUGCCUGCCCCACAUCCGCUUCUACGGCCCCACCAAUUUCUCGCCCAUCAUCAACCACGUGGCCCGUUUUGCAGCUCAAGCCACCCAGCAGGAAACUGCAUCGCAAUACUUCAUCCUCCUCAUCAUCACGGACGGGGUGAUCAGCGACAUGGACGAGACGAGGCACGCCGUGGUGCAGGCGUCCAAGCUGCCCAUGUCCAUCAUCAUCGUGGGCGUGGGCAACGCUGACUUUGCUGCCAUGGAGUUCCUGGACGGGGACAGCCGGGUGCUGCGCUCCCACACCGGCGAGGAGGCCGUGCGCGACAUCGUCCAGUUCGUGCCCUUCCGCAACUUCCGCAACGUCCCCAAGGAGACUCUGGCCAAAGCUGUGCUGGCAGAGCUGCCCCAGCAAGUGGUGCAGUACUUCAAGCACCAAAACCUGCCACCCAUCAACUCGGAGCCCGCGUAGAGCUGUGCCAGGCUGCACCCUCUGCAUGCUGCCGAAGCCUGUUGGUCCUGCCAAAAGCACGUUCCACAUGCUUUUAAGAGAAGAAUACCCUCCCUGAAACACUUUGUACUUCUUAAUUUAAUUGCUAAGUUCUUAAGACGCAUCCCAGCAAAGUGUCUGGAUUCAUUUUGUACAGUCUUGGCCCAAGGUAACACUAAGCAGCCAGGCCAUGCCUUGGUCCUGCUCCGUUGAGUCACUUUUCAGUAUUGAAUGUACUUUGUAUAAUUUCAGUGGUCCAGAAUACAAUUUUUAUGAUCAAAACUUGCUUUUUCCAAGCAACGAAAUGCUUAAUAUAUUAUCAUUCAAUGAACUGGUCGUUGUAUAGUUCAUGUAUUUGUGUUGUACCUGUACACCUGUCAGGUUCUGUGUUCAUUUUUAUACUGUGUACAUGUUAUAUUUGUUAUACUCAGGUUAAUAAAGAAACUUGGACAUUUAAAACAA